UAACAAGCUAUGGUGCGGAACCGCAUCACCACAUGGCGCGCGUGGAACCGCGUGAAGGUGUAUCGCGCAAUCACUUUCGCGGCGAAUGCAGCCUCUCAGACGCGGCUUGCAUCAGAUCGCGCGUACGGUUGCGGCGUACCGCGUGUCCAGCGACAUACCACUCACGAGACCACCUGUCAAAGGCAUCGCAGUCACCGCCAGUGUGCUCGACUUCAGCCGGUGGGGUAGCAAGAAAGCAAACAGGAACCUAAAGAUCGCCCUCAUUCUCGAUAUGACGGAUCCUAAGGUCGAAGAAGCUCUGGCGCCGCUUCGAGCGAGCGUCAAGGAACAAGGUGAUUAUGUACGAAAGUUGAAAUCCGAUGGCGCUCUAGAAUUAGACAUCAAAAAAGCUGUGGCAGAACUGAAGCUACGCAAGAAGAUACUGGAAGAUAAAGAGUUGUCUCUAGCUUCCACUAAUAUAACAUUCGACAGGGCACGAAUGGAAGAUCUCCUGAAGCGUAGAUUCUUUCUAGAUCAAUCUUUUGCAAUUUACGGUGGUAUCACCGGUCAGUAUGAUUUUGGUCCUAUGGGUUGUUCAUUGAAGACAAACCUGAUAAAUGCUUGGAGAAAUUUCUUUGUGCUAGAAGAACAGAUGCUAGAAGUUGAUUGUUCUAUUUUGACACCUGAGCCAGUGCUAAAGGCUUCUGGCCAUGUGGAGCGAUUUGCCGAUCUGAUGGUGAAAGAUGUGAAAACUGGCGAAUGCUUCCGACUAGAUCAUUUAAUUAAAGCGCAUUUAGAGAAAGUAAUUAGUGACAAGAAAACGAACGAGCAGACGCGUGAAGAAUGCAGAGAUAUUAUUAUCAAGCUGGAUGGUAUGACGAAAGAUGAGAUGGCUGCAGUUUUGUCGAAAUACAAUAUGAAAUCACCAGUUUCCGGUAAUGACUUGACAGAACCUAUAGAAUUUAAUCUGAUGUUUGGUACUCAAAUUGGACCGUCGGGGCUCGUCAAAGGUUUCUUGAGACCAGAAACAGCUCAAGGUAUCUUUGUGAACUUUAAACGAUUGUUAGCGUUCAAUCAGGAUCGACUGCCGUUUGCCGCAGCACAGAUUGGCAAUGCUUUCAGGAAUGAGAUCUCACCGCGAUCUGGACUUAUACGCGUCCGAGAAUUCACUAUGGCGGAGAUAGAACAUUUUUGCGACCCGAACAACAAGAGUCAUCCCAAAUUUGCAACGGUCAAGGAUAUAAAUAUGCUGUUGUAUUCUGCUUGUAAUCAGAUGGAUGGCAAAAGCGCGCAGCGUCUCACGAUAGGUGAGGCAGUCUCGUCCGGCUUAGUAGCGAACGAGACACUGGGUUACUUUAUGGCUAGGAUCCACCAGUUCUUGCUGAAAGUCGGCGUUGAUCCGAAUCGUUUGCGCUUCCGUCAGCACAUGAGCAACGAGAUGGCGCAUUAUGCCUGCGACUGUUGGGAUGCUGAGUGUCUAACAUCGUAUGGAUGGAUCGAGUGCGUAGGAUGCGCGGACCGAUCUGCAUAUGAUUUGACGCAGCACACCAAGACCACCGGCGUAAAAUUAGUAGCGGAGAAAAAACUAUCCGCUCCAAAGACGGUAGACGUUUGCGAGAUCAUUCCGAAUAAGAUGCUGAUUGGUAAAACAUUCAAGAAGGACAGCAAAGCAGUACAAGAUGCACUAGCGAUGUUGAGUGAAAACGAAAUCGUAUCUUUGGAAAAAGUUCUCAGCGAGAACGGAGGACAUGAGUUGACACUGCCUAAUGAUGUCGUCGUGAAGAUCACGAGGGACAUGAUAGAAAUAAAACGUUACCAGAAAACUGUUCAUGUAGAGGAGAUCAUACCCUCGGUAAUCGAGCCUUCUUUUGGCAUCGGUCGUAUUAUGUAUGCUCUGUUCGAACAUAAUUUCAGGACGAGAGAAGGUGACGAGAAAAGGACGUAUUUCGCUCUGCCACCGGUAGUAGCGCCGUUAAAAUGUUCGGUGUUACCGCUCAGUGGCAACGAGGAAUUCGUGCCCUUUGUUAAGAAAUUAUCACAAGAUCUUACAAAAGCGGAUGUCUCACAUAGAGUGGAUGAUUCUUCCGGUAGCAUAGGACGUAGAUAUGCUCGUACUGACGAAAUAGCGAUACCGUUCGGUAUUACUAUCGACUUUGACACUAUGAAGACACCACACAGCGCAACGCUCAGAGACAGAGACAGCAUGGGACAAGUCAGAAUAAAUUUGGAUGAGUUGCCAGGUGUUGUGAGGGAUCUUUCUUAUGGAAGAAUUACAUGGGUGGAAGUGGAAGCAAAAUAUCCCAAAUUUGAACAACAAGAAUCAUAAAGAAUGUAGAUAGGCUCGGAAAUAAUUUAUUUGUACUAUAUAAAAUUGCUAUACUAUAGAACUACUAUAUAGAACUAUUUUGAAUGGCGUAUAUAUCGAGUUUUUGUAUCAGCAUAUCGAGGUGCCUAUCAAAAAAUAUAUAGCUAAUUAUUGGAAAAUUCAA